GGGGGGGUCCUCGAGGUCCUGCGCAGGGCACGUACAGGAGGAAGUGGCGCUGUCUGUCCGCGCGGCGCUCGUAGGCUCCUCAACGUGGAGCCAUGGGAGGCCUGGAGAAAAAGAAGUAUGAACGAGGCUCUGCCACCAAUUACAUCACUCGCAACAAAGCCCGGAAGAAGCUGCAACUGAGCCUGCCUGACUUCAGGCGGCUGUGCAUCCUGAAGGGCAUUUAUCCCCAUGAACCCAAACACAAGAAAAAAGUUAACAAGGGCUCCACAGCAGCCCGAACUUUUUACCUCAUCAAAGACAUCAAGUUUCUUCUCCAUGAGCCCAUUGUCAACAAAUUCCGGGAAUACAAGGUGUUCGUCCGGAAGCUCCGGAAGGCCUAUGGGAAGAGCGAGUGGAGCACUGUGGAGCGCCUGAAGGACAACAAGCCUAACUACAAGCUCGACCACAUCGUCAAGGAGCGGUACCCCACGUUCACCGACGCUCUGCGGGACCUGGACGACGCCCUGUCUAUGUGCUUCCUCUUCUCCACCUUCCCACGGACGGGCAAGUGCCACGUGCAGACCAUUCAGCUGUGCCGCCGGCUCAGCGUGGAGUUCCUCCACUACGUCAUUGCCGCCCGUGCCCUGCGCAAGGUCUUCCUGUCCAUCAAAGGCAUUUACUACCAGGCGGAGGUGCUCGGGCAGCCCAUUGUGUGGAUCACACCCUACGCCUUCUCCCAUGAUCACCCGACAGACGUCGACUACAGGGUUAUGGCUACCUUCACCGAGUUCUACACCACCCUGCUGGGCUUCGUGAACUUCCGCCUGUACCAGUCCCUUAACCUCCACUACCCACCGAAGCUCGAAGGUCAGGCCCAGACAGAGACGAAGGCCAGUGAGAGCACCUAUGCAUUGGACUCCGAGAGUUCUCUGGAGAAACUGGCAGCCCUCAGUGCCAGCCUUGCCCGUGUGGUCGUGCCCGCUGCAGAGGAGGAAGUCGAGGCUGACGAGUUUCCUGCCGAUGGGGAGGUAUCGGUGCAGGAGGAGAACCGCAGGAAGGAGCUGGAGGCGCAGGAAAAGCACAAGAGGCUCUUCGAGGGCCUGAAGUUCUUCCUGAACCGUGAGGUGCCGCGGGAGGCCCUGGCCUUUGUCAUCAGGAGUUUUGGAGGGGAUGUGUCCUGGGACAAAUCUUUGUGCAUCGGGGCCACCUAUGACAUCACAGACUCCAGCAUCACCCAUCAGAUUGUUGACCGGCCUGGGCAGCAGACCCCUGUCAUUGGCAGGUACUAUGUGCAGCCCCAGUGGGUGUUUGACUGUGUGAAUGCCCGGCUGCUCCUUCCUGUAGCAGAGUACUUCCCCGGGGUGCAGCUGCCCCCACACCUUUCGCCCUUCGUGUCUGAGAAGGAGGGAGAUUAUAUCCCGCCCGAGAAGCUGAAGCUGCUGGCUCUGCAGCGGGGAGAGGACCCAGGAAGCCUGAAAGAGUCAGAAGAGGAGGAGGAGGAGGAGGAGGAGGAGGAGGACAAUGAAGGUGAUGGUGAUGAAGGGGGAGAGAUUGAAGAGGAGGAGGAGGUGGAGUCCGGCUCUGAAAAGGAGGAAGAGACCUGCCUGGCAGCCUUGGAGGAGCAGAGGAUGGAGGGGAAGAAGCCCAGAGUGAUGGAGGGCACAGUGAAGCUGGAGGACAAGCAGCGGCUAGCCCAGGAGGAGGAGAGCGAGGCGAAGCGCCUGGCCAUCAUGACGAUGAGGAAGCGAGAGAAGUACCUUUACCAGAAAAUCAUGUAUGGGAAGAGACGGAAAAUCCGAGAGGCCAACAAACUGGCAGAGAAGCGGAAAGCCCACGAUGAGGCCGUGAGAUCUGAGAAGAAGGCCAAGAAGGCAAGGCCGGUGUGAAUUCCCGUGGUCCCUUACCGGGCCGAGGCCAACUCCCAGCAGCCAGACCAGCAGGAGCAUGCCAGUGGAUCAAAGCUUGGUGACAGACCAGUCACCUCUUCUCGUACACUCUCCCCAGCCCCUGCUGGCCUGGCGCCCUCGUGCUCUCUGGCUGGGUGUGUGGCAGUCCUACUCUCCUUCGGACAGAGCUCCGUGCUGAUGGCUGGGCAGAGAAGCCUCUGUUCCCAACCCAGUUCUGUGCUCCCAUGGGUCUGUGGCAUGGGGGCAAGGGGUGACCCAGCUUUCACUUGCUGGCUUGUUCACCCUAACUUUCCAUAACCCUACCUAUGCUGCUGGACCCAGUUCUCAGGGUGCUGUGAUGGGGUAAGGGUGGGGAGCUUUCAUUAAAU